AUGCAGAUUCACGCUACCCUCGCCGUGGGCCUUUCCAUUCUUGGAUUUACUCUUGCCAAUCCUUUCAAGCAUCCAAUUGAAUGGAAAGCAUCCGCCUUCGCUAUCACCUGCGGCUCAGAAGAUUGCAACUACAAUUUCAACAUAGUGAGCAAUGCCACCGGACCCUCAAGAUUCAAAACCUCCUGCUCGGGGAUUCCGGCCGAGGACGACUACAACCCGUGCCAGGACGAAAGCACCGAAGCCAAACUGCAGGUUGUGCCAGGGACGCACCCGAUAUGGAGUGUACACGUACAGCAUACUUGGAUGGAAGGAGAAGCGAGGUAUACCGCUCACGGCGACGCUAAUAUUACCGACACCGCGAAGAGCUUCACGGUUCCUGUCACGCGGGUGUCUGGGGUGGUUUAG